AUGGUCUGCGCACCAACCUUAUACGACCUCUACAUCUCCACCCUCCCACCCACCUCCAACGCGCGCCGCGAAGCACAAGCCCACAUCCUCUUCCUCACGCCCACCUACCCGCUCCCCUCCCACGAAUCCGCCGUGACAAUCUACUACACGAAGCGCAAUCUCCGCAGGGAGGAGAACGCGUGCCCCAAGCGGUACGAAUCAUGCAUUGAGACACAGCAUGAACCGGGUUUCCUGAGUGGGCCGCGCUCGACGAAGAUUACCACCAUUACGCUGGAGGAGAAGAAGGUGCUUAAUCAGAUUGUGAUGGCUGUUGAGCCGUGUGAGUCGAGGCAUUGGGUUGGGAGUGUGCUGGAGGAGUUGGAGAUUGAGGGCAUUAUAGCUGAUGGGAUUGCGGCCAUGGCUGUGCGCUGGAUGGAGAGGAGUGGAGUUUGA